AUGCGUGCUGUUAUCUUCUCCCCGCUGGAGCCAGAAUCGUUGGACAGGAUAGCUUCUCCACCUGACAACAAAGAUACAGCCCAUCUCGUCAAUGCUCGCAGUUUAUUAAACCCUACCGAAAAAGCUCUAAAGAGCCAUUGGAAAGCAUGGAACAAAACCCAGCAGAAAAUCGCCUGUUUGGCGGUUGAGAUGCUCGGGGCUGAAUCCGUGACUCUGCCACAUGUUACGAAAGAGGCCAUUGGUUCAAUGACGUUUAAGAAGAGACUCGCCAGCGCGACAAGUGCAUUCGGGAAGCAACAUGCAGUAGAGCUAACUACGCUGGCAGAUGAGCGAAAAUGGAAUGACUAUAUUUCCUAUCUCGCGAGGGAGAUGAAGAACCAGGUUACCGUUCAGGAAAAAAAAUCGCGAGGUGACAAACGGAGGCGGAGGGAGGAAAUCUGCCAACUCGCUAGAAACUUGAUUGCGAAUCUAUAA